AUGGCCGUCCCUGCUGCUCAGAAAGCCCUCCUCAUUCCCGCAAAGUUUGCUCCCUGUGUUGUCGGCACCAUCGCUGUCUCCCAACCGAAGCUCGGCGAGCUGCUCGUGAGAAUCGACGCCACCGCAUUAAACCCCAUCGACUGGAAAAUUCGAGUAUAUGGUGUGCUCGCCGAAACCUUCCCGGCGGUGACAGGCUAUGAUGCUGCUGGUGUCGUGGUCGCACUCGGCGAAGGUGUCACUUCAUUUGCCGUAGGAGAUAGGGUUAUGGUACAAGGAUGGUUCGACGCCGAGAGCAAGUCGGUGCACGGGACAUUCGUGCAGUACUUCGACUUGCCAGCACGUCUGGCUUUUAAGAUCCCAGAGAGCAUCUCUAUCGAGGCCGCAGCGACAAUCCCCAGCGGGAUCUCCACUGCCGCAUUCCCUUUGUACCACCCCGACAUACCAGCUUCAGCCAAGUUGAAGGCGCCGUGGACCGCGGAGGGCGCAGGGGCGUAUUCCGGCAAGCCCUUCUUCGUUCUCGGAGGAUCGUCGUGCGUGGGGCAAUUCGUGAUCCAGUUGGCACGCCUCUCUGGCUUCGCUCCCAUCAUCACCACCUCGUCCCUCCACCACACGGAUUACCUCCAGUCCCUCGGCGCGACGCACGUCCUGGAUCGGAGGCUCCCGCACGAGACGCUCAUCGCCUCCGCCCGUGAGAUCGCCGGCGGGAAGCCCUUCGAUGUCGUCUACGACGCCAUCUCCGUCACAGACACACUUGCCCUCGGGUAUGCGCUGACCGCGCCAGGCGGAGACUUCGUCAUCGUGCUCGACCUUGAGCCUGUACCGGGAAGGGAUGAUGCGACGGGGAAGAAGGUGCACAUGGCCCAUGGGUUGUUCAUGACACCGGUGAACCACGGAGUCGGCGCAUCGCUUCUGGAUGCGCUGCCGAAGCUGCUCGAAUCGGGCGCGAUCAAGCCGAGUCGUCAUGAGAUCCUCCCUGGGGGCCUGGCUGGGAUCAUCGAUGGGCUGAGGCGGAUGGAGAACGACGAGGUUAGCGGAGUGAAGCUUGUGGUGCGGCCGCAGGAAACGGUGUAA